AUGAACUUCCUUGCCGGCAAGGGCUUCCUCAAAAAAGACAUUAACGAGUACAAAAAAAGUUUGCACAAACUAUGGUUCGAACCUAACGCAAAAGCUGGCGACUAUUCUGUAGUAGGCACCUCUGGAUUUGAGGUCGUCUUCAUCACUGAGAAAGACGAUGCUCCCUACAACUGGAUCCAUGCAUCCCAAAUGGAAGAACAGAAUAAAAAUCUACAGCUCCAGAACCUUAAAUGGAAUACCGUUUUAGAGACUGCCCACGGAUUCAAAGUAACACUUGUUGGUUUUGACAGCAUGGUUUUCGGUAGUAGAGAAAUAUCUGAUGUAUAUCUCUUGGUUGGAACAUCACCUGAGUUGGAGAUGGCCAUAUACACGGUCUGCUUCUACGUAAGACCCAACUCAGACUGUUCAGUCUCUUUCGGAAAAGUUAAUCUCACGAUCCACAUUUCCUAG